UAGAAGGUCUGGAGUUGUACCUGUUUAGGUUACCAGAUCAGGAUAAACUACUGGCCCCAGGAACAAAGAUCGCCCCAGCACUGUGGUGUCACCUCUGGGAUCACAAGGUACAGACAUAGACACAAUUCUCCCCUCACUAACUUGUGUUGCAGCAUGGUGUUACAAGUUUAGUCGUAUUGAGGUUUCCUUUUUUUAUUAAGUCUGGGCCUAUGGCAAAGAUUAGAUAGUGUUUUUAAUUGGUCUGCUGUUUUCAGUGUGAUCUAUUCGCUCUGGAAUACAACUUAAACGUCACGUUCUUAUUUUUAUUAAUAUUAAAUACAGACAUUGUGUCAACAUAUAAACAUCCUUUGAACUAUGAUGCGGAUGAGGACACUCCGCCUCUGUAUGUGAUGUUUCAGUAUACUUUCAGCUGAGGCAGACAAAUGCACGAGCUCAACUGGUUCUCACAGACUUGGUGGCGCCAGGCUUUCACACAAUCAGGAUGUGAAAGGCUUCAACAACGAGGCAUUAGGCCCCAAUCACUGGGAAUCGAUCAGGCGUUAACACGCCUUUGCAUAUGCACAAUUUUAAGUGGGUCGGGACUUUAUAGGGAGGGCCCUCAACAGGUCUUGUCACAACAUUCUCUGGCCCUCUUUAGAUAGUAUGCUGACCAACACAGAGCUCCUAGAGGCAAACAUGGUCAAGGUCUUCUCUGUCGACUGGCUCGCACAGAGCAAUCACAACACCAACCCGAAAGAAGGACCUGUGGACACUAUACCAACCUACUGCAGACCCCAUGUUCCUUGUAUGGUACAGCCUCAACCGCCAACAUUUUAUAACAAGGUCUACCUCCAACCAAAACCAAAGACCACGAGGAUUGAACUCACGGAUUCCACUGAAGAACCCCAAAAUCUAGAAUCCAGGUUGAGCUCACCUCUGCAUCCGAUAACGUGUUCUUCCCCAAGUCUUUCAGAAACCAGCGGGUACAUCUCGGGGUAUGACAGUGAGGCGGUCUCCUCGGAAUGUCCCUCUGUGGAAGAGGCGAGCGAGGGGGAGAGAGACGGUGGCCAACGACGUGUGCGUACUAGGUUCACACCGGAGCAGAUAGAAAAGCUGGGGAAGAUUUUCAACAAACACAAGUAUCCAGAUGCUGGAGAAAGAGUCAAAACGGCACUGAAGUUGAACCUCUCUGAAACUCAGGUGAGAACUUGGUUUCAGAACAGGAGGAUGAAACUGAAAAGGGAGCUCCAGGAGUAUCCAGUUCAAUCUCAGAUGAUGUUCCAGCCCAUUCGACCAUUUCAGUACCACGGCUUCGGUGAACAGCAACUCUCCCCCGCUGCAAACCACGUGAUAUACCAUCCCAUGGUGCAACAGAUCCCCAUGGAACAGAUGGUUUCUCAUCACCCUUACGCAUAUUUAUACUAAGGACAUUGAAAGCUACAGACUGAACUUUCCACUCUAACACUAAAUUGUGUGUGAAAUCUAGUUGUUUGUUUUUUCUUGGACGUGAAAUGUUUUAUAUUUCUUUAAAGAUGUACAGAUGUUAAAAUUAUAUUUAUCAUUCAAUAAAGUCUAUCUUAUAUCACAA